AUGGGAAACCAGGAAGACACCCAGCAACAUGUGGUGGACACGGAGCAUAUGAGAGAGAGUCCACCGGAACACACGAAAGGUGCAGCGCCAACAGAAGUCGUCGAGCUCCCCACCCGACUCUCCCUCUAUCGCUCCGCCCACGGUCUCGGUAAUCACUAUGUAAUCGGAGAACAUCGAGAGGACCCUCUACUGGCGGUGACGACGCACUCUGGCUUUGGGCGCGCACCCGACGUCGUCCUGCACAGUGGACCGGCCAAGGACUCGGCCAUGCUGGCCGGUGUCGAUUCCAACGUGCUCGUUCACUCGACAACCGCCAAGCUCCGUCUUCCGGGAAGCCCCACGGCAACGGAAGAAAAGACGGUAGAGAUUGCCCAGCAGGGCGGCGCGCAUCGGUUCGUCGUCCAAGACGAGAGCAGACAGCCUGUCACUUUCGAGUGGCUGCCCCAUGCAGAGACGAAAACUUCGCUGCUGGGAGACAGCAGGGUUUUGCACUGGGAGUUGGUGCGGUAUGCAGGAACGGGUGCAGGCAAGGACGGUGCCGAGGUUCAGUCGGACGAGGAUAAACAGGUGGUGGCGACGUGGGCCAACGAAAGCAGCAUGAGCCUAUCCAAAGUGCUCAGCUUGGAGUUUCUUGUAGACGCGACUCGAAUUACGACGCGGGACUCUUGGGUUGUCAUGGCACUUAUAACUGCAUUGCGAAUAUGGGACUCGAAUACGAAAUCCGUAUCCAACAAGCAGAGAAUGUCUUGA